UUUAGGUCAGUAAUCGGUCAAGUCAGGCUUUGUGUUCGUCCACACUACUGUUUACACGCUCGUAAUGGUGUAGCUGUUUUCCUUUAAAUCUGUUGCGAUUAAGUGAAUUAUGGUGUCGCUGUUGCUUGCUACGUUUCUGGUGUUGACAGUCUUUCAACAAGCGAAGAUUGCCAACGGUGUUCCGAAUGAAGAUGGAGACCCUUAUGACCAAGAGCCAAGUUUCAGGAAAUGUUUCUUUGUGAAGGAUGGUAGCGAAUAUUUCAGAAGAUGCGAAGAAAUUGACGGAGCUUUGGAAGAUGAAACUGUGAUUGAUUUAACAAGUGCCAUAACAAUCCCCUUACCCCGAGGGAUCUCAUGGGUCGACGGUCCAAAUGGCCGUUCUGGGGAGCCGGCAUUCCAAUUCAGCAGUGAUUCUGAUGUCAAACGACCCGCGAAAACCAUCCUUCCAUUAUCAUUCCCGAGUGACUUCGCGAUCACAGUGACCGUGCGCCCUAGCAACAACAAAGGUGGCGUAAUCUUCGCCGUAACCAACGAAGAUAAUUCCAAAGUCUUCCUCGGAUUGGAGUUGCUUCCCGUCCGCGGUGAUGGACAGAUAGAUUCUUACACGACGAUCAGGUUUUUAUAUUUGAAUCCGUAUUUUGAAAGCAACGAAACUGUCAGUUUUGUCGUCAACGAGUUCACCAACCAGUGGAUGAGAUUUGCUUUGAGCAAAAAGGGUGACGUCAUAAGCCUGUAUCACGACUGUGGCAAGAAAGUGGAAGAAAAAGUCGCCCAGCAAACGUGGGGAGCCUUCAUUAUUCCUGGAACUAGCUUGUUUUACCUCGGAAAGGCGGGAAAUAAUGCCAGGCAUAACGCUCUCGUGGGUGAAAUCUCAGAGCUCAGACUUCAUCAAGAUCCCGAACAAGCAAAGGAACAAUGCAACAGUUCAGGCGAAAUAUACAAUGGAGAAGUUAGCGGCGAUGGUGAGGACUCUACGGACGGGGGAUCAGCACCCAUGUCGAGCAAGUACACAACCAGGACUGUGUUGAGCACAGGCAAGAUUACUGUCAACCGUGGUGGUGACCUGGAAAUAACAGUUCCGAGUACAAGUAAAAUCGAAGAGAAAUUCGCCACACCGGCAACACAAUUCGUCCAGCCAACCGAUCCUCCUACCAGUAGUUCCCCCAUCCAGAUUUCGACUAAGAGUGCAUCCCCACCUACAACAGAGGCAUCUACAGAACAAAUUACUGAACCCCAAACCACCCCCGAACCCCAAACUACGCCUGAACCUAAGACAACACCCGAACCCCAAACCACCCCUGAACCCCAAACCACCCCUGAACCCCAAACUACGCCUGAACCUAAGACAACACCCGAACCACAAACUACAGCCGAACCCAAAACCACCCCCGAACUUCAAACCACCCCUGAACCCCAAACUACUCCCGAACCCCAGACAACACCUGAACCCCAAACGACACCCGAACCUCAAACCACCCCUAAACCUCAAACUACUCCUGAACCACAGACAACUCCCCUCCCUAAAACCACUCCCAAGUCUACACCUGAGACCAAAACUACUCAAGAGCCGACACCCCAAGCUACAGACCAAAUCCGACCCACUCAACCAGCUGGUGUAUCGGUGACAGGCUCCAAUUUGAUCGACCAAAGCUCAGGGGUUUUUCCUACAUCAUCAUCUGUUACUGAAGUUCUUGAACCAUCGGAAAGUGCUGCAGAAACAACCACCGAACCAGAAGUUGCAACUGUUAAAACAACCAAGAUUUCUCCCACACUAAAUAUUAAGACGGUCGACGCGCAUCUUACUGACAAUAUGAUACCCUGUUCUAUUGAAAGCAAUUGUAAUAAUAUCAGGGGCAUAACCCAGGGAGGGAUAGAACCUACAGUAUUAAAAGGCGAUAAGGGGACUUCUGAAUUACCAAGACAAGGCGAAAAAGGACAAAAGGGUGAAAGAGGUGACAGGGGUCCCGUGGAAAUUUUGAAGCCCGAGAGAGGCGAGAAGGGUAAUAAGGGUGAACAGGGAGUCAAAGGUGACGCAGGGGUGAAUGGUGUUUCGGUGAAAGGUCAAAAAGGCGAUCUCGGUGAAAAGGGAGAGAGAGGAAAUCCAGGAGAGCUGAUUAGCCUCAAGGGUUUGAAAGGUGACAUCGGUUUCCCGGGUACAAAAGGCGAACCAGGAAUAAAGGGUGCUCCAGGUGUUGGUAAACCUGGCCCUCCUGGGCCCCCCGGCCCCACAGGCCUGAAGGGUGUUCCAGGCGAACCUGGAUCCGUAGUCUCAAUGCUCAACACAAGCAGUCAACAGGGUCCACAAGGACCACCAGGUCCUCCAGGAAAACCUGGACGCGAUGGUGUUGGACUGAAGGGUAGAAUAGGAUUUCCUGGAUUGAAAGGAAACAAAGGGGAUACCGGAGCCCAGGGAGAGAAAGGGAAAACAGGGGAUAUUACGGCUGUCAUCGGUCCCAGGGGAGCGCAGGGUCCUCAAGGUUUAAAAGGAGAAAAGGGUGAAGAUGGAGUUCCUGGUGAAAUAGGCUUUAAGGGCGACCCAGGCGUGCAGGGAGACACUGGUAAAAAAGGUGUCAAGGGCGAUGAAGGAUCCAUUGGAAAAAAGGGGGAACCCGGAAGCAGUAUUAAGGGCGACAGCGGUGUCAAAGGUGAAAAGGGUGAGCAAGGAAAAGCUGGUGCCGAGGGGAAAAGUGUGGCUGGCCCUCCAGGACCACCAGGUCCUCCUGGCCCACCAGGACCCGUUCAGGGAGUCUUUGGAAACGACAAUGAUAAUAUUAACAAUAUUGGUGGGGCGAAUGCAGCUGGCCAAGGCUUCAAUGAUCAGAAUAAAGCCAAAGGCGAUACGGGCGAGCCAGGGGUAAAAGGUGAUAGUGGUGAACCCGGUCCUUCGGGACCAAAGGGUGAAAAAGGGGAUGAUGGGGUGGAAGGUCCACAGGGUGAUGCUGGUGCACCUGGUUCCAAAGGUGAUAAGGGAGAGAUUGGUUCUAAAGGUGAUCGCGGUGCCGAUGGGAUACAAGGUGCAAAAGGUGAACAGGGACCACCAGGGGAUUCGAGCAAGACCAAACCAGGUCCGCCUGGACCCAAAGGGGAUGCCGGAGCGGUUGGACCACAGGGGAAACCUGGGGGUAAAGGUGAUGAGGGAGAAAGAGGAUUUCCAGGGGAUGAUGGUCCUAAGGGGGAGAAAGGUGACACCGGGAUUAUUGGGCAACCUGGUGAAACUGGGGAGAAAGGAGAACCUGGAUCGCAGGGUCCGCGAGGUGCACUGGGGCCUAGAGGUGAUAAAGGUGUUCCUGGACUCUCGGUUCGUGGUAAACCCGGACCUCCGGGUCCUCCAGGACCUCCUGGGCCAACAAGAAUAGAUACGAACUCGUUAUCAGGUCCCUCCGACCGAGGCGACAAUGACGAACGAAGAUCCUACGCGGACAAAACUAAUAUGCUUGGGAUCGUCACAUUCUAUGAUGAAGAUGAUUUAUCUCAGGGCGGAGUUUUGACGCCUGAAGGGACAAUAGCUUUUGUUCUUAGUUCUCAAAGCCUGUUUGUUCGUCAUGGUCUAGGAUGGAGAUCGAUACAAUAUGGCAGCGACAUCGUGAGUGUGAAUCCACCAACCGCUCAGCCAACACCAAGUAUAGAUAUUCAGCUACCCCAAGCAGGCGUUGUUGCUCAAUCACCUUAUCUGUACCUUAUCGCGUUGAACGAACCAAUGACGGGGAAUAUGGGUGGAGUGAGUGGAAUAGAUCACAAAUGCUGGAAGCAAUCCGGAAGAGAUGCGGGACUCCGUGGGACAUAUCGUGCCUUCCUUUCUUCCUAUGCCCAGGCCAUUAAGUCUAUCGUGAGAAGACGAGAUAGAGACUUACCUGUGGCUAACCGCAAUGGUGAACAAUUAUUCCCGACAUGGAAAGGCAUGUUCGAAGAUGAUGAAGGUUUCAAUCCUGACACUCCAAUCUUAUCUUUUGAUGGAAAGGAUGUAAGAAAAGACCCCAGAUGGCCUCUCAAACUAAUCUGGCACGGUUCUAAUAGACAAGGUAGUAAUAUGGAAGAUAAUUGUGUCAGGUGGGAUGUUGAAGAAAAAGAUAGUCGUUCAAUGUUCAGUUAUGCCGCUCCUAUCAAUGGAACAACAAGCGUAGUGGAGCCAAAGAAGUUCUACUGUUACAAUCCAUUUAUCGUUCUCUGCAUCCAAGUGGGUGUGCGGCGUUGAGAUAAAAUAUUACCUGGUUUAUCAAGCGUUUAAAUAUUCGGAUUUUCAAAGCUCUUGAGUUAUAUAACCUAUGUUAUUUUGAGUUUAUAUUUGGGUAUUUAGUUCGCCGUUUGCAAGGACAGUCAACUUGACAGUGGAAAUAUAAUUUUGUCGAGGGCUUUGAUUGACAAAGGGGGGAGUCGGUUCAAAAAGGUUUCUGGGUGUGAAAUAUUAGUUCCAAAUUAUAGUUUCACCCUUCGCCAGUUAACCCAGCUAGCGUAGUUGGCCGUGUGCAGUUAUCAAGGCCCCAUUGAGUCUAAUAAUAUUGUAUGUACAUAAUUAAAAUAUAGGAAUUCAGAACUACAGAUUCAGUGUAACCAAGGCUAGGUCAAGAUUAUUUGUACGAGAAACGACGGUGAACCGAAAGAUGUGUCACGAAUCCGCGAAGGUCUGUAUCAUUCCGCGAAGCGUACGAGAUUUUUUUGAAACAGGGUUUUUAAUAAUUGUUAACCGUUUGUGAUAUUUUUGAGUGUCGUACGGAUUUCACCAAGCUUUGCCUCCAUUCAGAGUGUUAGAGUUCUCAUGAGAUUUUGUGGAAUGAUAGCCUUUCGUGAGAUAUGACUACGGUUCAAUUGUUUGACUCGACCGCCUUACAUUUUUACCAAAAUUAGUUUUAACUAACUGACUUUUUACCUGAAAUUUUAAGUACACAAAUAUAGAGUACUUUGUAGCCUAUUUUAUUUAUGUGCACGAAACAUACGUUACAUUCAGAUAUUACUAUAAACAAUAUUAGGUUUUUGACUAUAUAGUACUACAUAGCAAUAUAUACCUUUUGUAUGUAAAUUAUUAUAUUUAUAAAGAAGGAUGAUUAAGAUUUUUACGUUUUUGCGCUCGAUGUCCUUUUCU